AUGGUGACGAUGGAUGGUGGUCUGGAGCGUUUGAUCCAUAUUUUGCGGCACCCUCCCCGCACAUCUACGUCCGCCCUCAGUAUGGAGAGAAGCCCUGGCUCUAUGGCUGAAAUGCAAGCCAACUGGAAAUGGAGUCUUGCUUUUCAGUGUGUGGUGAAUAUUGGUGUGCGAGGCAGUGAGGCGAUUCGCUCACGUGUUGUGGAAGCCGGAAUGGUUCCGAUAAUUGUGAUGGUGCUUCAAAAUUAUAUCACCGCUGCUGAGCAGCUGCAUAUCCAGCAGUCCUUGGCCAUCACUCGAGAGCAGCUGCUGUCUUCCUUCCCGCACGGAAUGCGCCGCGUGAUGUAUCCGCACCUGCGGGCGGCGCCGACAGCGCCUCCCCCCGCCGCACCCAUGGAGACCGACGGAGCGGCCCCUGCGGAGAACUCGUAUUGGCAUACUGAUGCAGACAUGGCGCAUGCUGUCCAGGAUGUGCAGCGUUUUACGAGCGAUGCAAGUGCGAGUGGCAGUGCCAGUGAAUGUGCAGAAGACACGGACAUGAUGACGGAAGAAACACAUGCCUGCUCUAGUGCAGGCGCUCCACUUGAAGCAAAAGGGGAUAGAGAUUCUGCGCCCCAGGACACACCUCGUGUGCCUUCCCGUUCGUUGGCGCAGGAGUCGGGCGGUGUGCCACCGAUGGAGGCAUCAGAGACACCCCGUGCAAGGCACACGGGUCUAUCAGCUGCCGCUGCGGACAUGAUGAGGCCAUCGCCUACGGCAACAAUUCGCUCACCCUCCCCUGUAACAUUACCCGUGUACCGUGAAGAAGAAGUGCUGCUGAGUCUCCAGCUCUUGGCAUACUUGUCCAAGUACCCUCAAGUGCGGCAUUUCUUUCACAAUGCGGACAUCCGGGACGACAUGAUUUAUUGUCCUGAAUGGCCGGAAGAUACCCUGCCCAACCGCUCGUGGCAGCCCAGUGAUCCUGUGUUGUACAGUGUAUUCUCGCUGGCGGAGCGAUUCACGCAUCGGCCCUCACGCUCAUCGGGCACGCCCAGCUUGAUGUGUUCACUGUAUCCGCGCUUGGCCCAGGACAUUCAGUACUGGGCGGGUGUGGUUAUGCGCAAUGCGUGCCGCAAGGAUGAAUUCCGCGGCGGGAUCCGACAGUGCGCGAAUAUGCUGUGUGGAAAGUGGGAGUCGUACCCCCGUGAGUUUGCCAAGUGCCGUCGCUGCCGCAAGGCCAAGUAUUGCAGCAAGCAGUGCCAGAGCAAAGGCUGGCAAAUGGGCCACCGCUUUUGGUGCAGCGCACGCUCCGAUGAAGAUAAGUCGAGGCCCGGCGACGUGCCGGCUGCCGCGCAUCCCACGCCGACUGCGCCUGCGGAGGCGCAUCCUGCGGCGCCUGCACAACCGCUGGCGAACGAGCCCGUGACGGAGGAACGAGCGCCGGCUGCGGCCUCAGCGCACUAUGCACACCCGCUGGGCCCUCGGCACGUGCCCUCCGCGCUGCGGGAGAGCCAGUUGCCGUCACUGCGUGGCGUCAGUGCAGCAAGUAUGGAGACGACGGACCUUGCUGAUAUGAGCGAUGAAACGGGCCACCUGGGGGAGGCCUCGGCAAUGCGGAGUCCCAUCAUGGGAAGCGGCCCCAGCCACCCAUUGCCGCCACCUAUUAUUGCUGGUGAUCUUUCUGUGCAUGAAACGGAUCCUACGACGGCGACGCUGCGCGCGCAUGAGGCUCAGAACGUACAAGAUCACGGUGCACUUGACUAUGUGGCCACCGCCUGGACGCCGGUCGUCAGCCAAGCACCCGAAAUGGCCACCGUGGGGGCUCGUGCGCAGGCCGAGUCUGCCUUUGACCUGGGCAUCCAACUCCCGCUGGGCUCGCCGGUGCCGCCCACGGGCCCACGGCACGAAGGGCCUGGACACCCCUUCUCUGUCGCAUCCCAGUGA